AUGACUUUCACUUGUCGUGAACAUUUGCUAGAUUGGGUCCAAAAUGAAGCUAGUAAACUUGGAUUUGACAUUGUGAUAUUAAGGUCUGACAAUGGCACUAGUAGAAGGAAAGCUUUUGUUCUGUUGAAUUGCGAGAAGGAUGGGAAGUAUGUUCCACCAAUCCGGGUGUUAAAACACGAUGACACGGGAUCAAGAAAGUGUAUGUGUCCGUUUAAGUUGCGCGUAACUCGUAGGAUUGACGAUUUAUGGCGUUUUAGCGUCAUUUGUGGACUUCAUAAUCACUCAUUAGAAACUAAGCUACACGGGCAUCCAAUUGCGUGUCGGUUGUCUCACGAAGGAUGCUAUUUCGGAAUUAUCAAUAAUCAAAAUUGCGCCGAGAAACAUACUUGCCAAUUUGAAGCGAAAAAGACCAGAUAG